AUGACUGAACUUGCAAAGAAAGUAACACUUACCCAGGCAAUUGUUUCUAUGCGUGAGCUUUUUCCUUCAGAAUAUAGUUUUUAUCCACGUAGUUGGAUUCUUCCUGCACAAUUAAAAGAAUUUAGUGAUUAUUGCCUAUCUUUUGAGGAAACAAAUAAUAAAUGUUUUAUUGUUAAACCAGAUGAUGGUGCUCAAGGGACUGGAAUUUAUUUAAUUAGUUCACCAUCAGAAUUAUUGCAAACAAAUUCCAAUCGCCAACUUAUUCAAGAAUAUAUGCCUGAUCCCUACCUACUUUCUGAUGGAUUGAAAUUUGAUUUACGUGUUUAUGCAGUUAUUCGAAGCCUUAAUCCUUUAUCAAUUUAUGUAGCCAGAGAAGGAAUGGCUCGUUUUUGUACUGAAAAAUAUCCGGGAAUGCCAACAAAAGAAAAUUUUUCUAAUCUUUAUGCACAUUUAACUAAUUAUUCUUUAAAUAAAGCAAAUAAUGCUUAUAUUCACAGUAAAUCAUUAAAAGAACAACUUAAAGGUUUUUCUUCUUUAUAA